CGACGGCCUCUUCUGACCAUUCCAUUGCCAUCUCCACGCAAGGAAGAGGAAACCGAGAGGGGAGAGACGGGGAGGGAGGAGAAGAGACGAAGCGAUACGACGCACGCCGGUGCUCUUCCGCGCUUCCUUCUUUCCCCGAUCUCAAUCACUCGCUUGGAAUUUCUCGCACCCCUCUCGAUCGAUCGACAAGAAAGAGAUCCAUUUUAUUCGCCUUGUUCUUCUUCUUGACUGUGGAGGAACAGGGUUUUGAUCUGUGUUUUAUUGCUGCUGGAGUCUGUAAUGGCGGCUACGAGCGGAGUGGCGAUCACCUUCGCGGGGGCGGGGAAGGCCGAGGCUUUCCUCCGGAGGAGCUCUUCCUCCCGGUCGCCGUGUUCGAUUGGAUCUUUCGGCGGCCCCGCGUACGGUGGGAGCCGGAGGGUUGCUCCUCGGAGGAGCCCUCGCUGCGAGGUGCGGUUGGAUCUCGAAGAGAAGUCGAAGUCCGCGUCGGCGUCGGCGUCCGCCGGAGCCCUCGAGCAGUUCAAGAUCUCCGCCGACCGAUAUAUGAAGGAAAGGAGCAGCAUAGCUGUUAUAGGUCUUAGUGUUCAUACAGCUCCAGUCGAGAUGCGUGAAAAGCUUGCUGUUCCAGAGGCACAAUGGCCUCGUGCUAUUGGUGAAUUAUGCAACUUGAAUCAUAUCAGUGAAGCUGCAGUUCUCAGUACAUGCAACAGAAUGGAAAUAUAUGUAGUUGCUUUGUCUUGGAAUCCUGGAAUCAGAGAAGUGAUGGAUUGGAUGGCAAAGACAAGCGGAAUUCCAGUGGCUGAGCUCCGACAACAUCUUUUUGUUCUUCUCGAUAGUGAUGCCACAAGACAUCUGUUUGAGGUAUCAGCAGGGCUCGACUCACUUGUCCUUGGAGAAGGACAGAUUCUUGCUCAAGUUAAACAAGUUGUAAGAGUCGGGCAAGGCAGCCGAGGGUUGGGGAAAAAUAUUGACAGGAUGUUUAAGGAUGCCAUCACAGCUGGAAAAAGAGUUCGCAGUGAGACCAAUAUAGCAUCCGGUGCAGUUUCUGUAAGUUCAGCUGCAGUUGAGUUGGCUCUUAUGAAGCUUCCAAAGUCCCAUUCUGCAUCUGCACGGAUGCUGGUGAUUGGAGCAGGCAAGAUGGGGAAACUAGUGAUCAAACAUCUAGCUGCAAAAGGGUGCAAAAGGGUUGUGGUUGUGAACAGGUCAGUAGAGAGGGUAGAUGCUAUCCGUGAGGAGAUGAAAGAUAUCGAAAUUAUCUACAGACCUUUUUCUGAAAUGCUCACCUCCUCUGCUGUGGCGGAUGUCAUUUUCACAAGCACCGCAUCUGAGACACCCCUAUUCUUGAAAGAACAUGUUGAAGCUCUUCCUCCGGCAAGUGAGGCAGUUGGGAGCGCAAGACUUUUCGUGGAUAUUUCAGUUCCCAGGAAUGUAGGAUCUUGUGUUUCCAAUGUCGAACAUGCUCGAGUGUAUAAUGUCGAUGACCUCAAGGAAGUCGUGGAAGCCAACAAGGAAGAUCGCCUGAGGAAGGCAAUGGAAGCUCAAUCGAUAAUCACACAGGAACUGAAACGGUUUGAGGCAUGGAGGGACUCUCUGGAGACUGUUCCAACCAUCAAGAAGCUCAGAUCCUAUGCUGAUAGAAUUCGGGCUUCUGAGCUCGAGAAAUGUCUCCAAAAGAUUGGUGAUGAUGCUCUAACAAAGAAAUUGCGAAAAGCAGUUGAUGAGCUCAGCAGCGGUAUCGUUAACAAGCUUCUUCAUGGCCCACUGCAGCACUUGAGAUGUGAUGGCACGGAUGGCAGGACUCUGGAUGAGACCCUUGAAAACAUGCAUGCACUUAACAGGAUGUUUAGUCUUGACACUGAGAAAGCUAUCUUGGAGCAAAAGAUCAAGGCCAAAGUUGAGAAAAGCAAAAGUUAAAGGUCGUUCAAACAUCAUAGGACAACUAAUCAUCACAAGUCCUUGAGAUUAUUGUUGUAUCUUUCAAAAUUUUUUUGUCAGAUUUUCUGCAAAUUCUACUGCUACCAAGCCUCUGUUUCCAUUCUCAACAUCACUCACAUUCAAUUGACCUAAUUCUUGUAUCAUCUUCUUAGAGAGACGGGAGAAACUAAACCCUCGAAGGCAUCUAAACAUUGCAAGCAUUCUACGAUGGCUAUCUUCUUCGUGGUAGCUGGUCAGUAUCAUACACUUGUUUUGUGUACGUAAGCACAUUGAUCCUUGCAUGUUUAUUUUGAUUUGUGGAUUUGGAUCC